GAGGGCCACUGCUCCCAGCUCCAUCCCUGCCCACCCGGCAGGCACGGCCUCCGUCUGCGGCUCCAGAGGCCAUGGGCGUGUAGGGGGACAGCCAGGACGCGGACCCAUCGGGCUAGCUCUGGGACGUCUCCAGAACGCACGGACAAUCUCUGAGGAAGAUGAACUUCAGGCUGGGCCUGGGCCUGCUGCUGGCUGGCCUCCUCGCUGUAGAAGGUCUUCGGAAGCCCGGCUUUUCCCCAAAGAAUCCUGGCGCCGUGAGCCGGGACCAAGAGCAGCAGGGCAGGAGGGCAGCCCAGGAACUCGCCAGGCGGAACGUGGGCUUUGGCUUCGAGCUGUACAAGAGGAUGGCCGCCACUGGCCCUAGCAAGAACAUCUUCUUCUCCCCCAUGAGCAUCUCCACCGCCUUCGCCAUGCUGUGUCUGGGUGCCCAGAACGUCACGCUGGCCGAGAUCAAGGAGGGCCUCAACUUCAGGAAUAUGCCGGAGGAAGACCUUCAUGAGGGUUUCCAUUACCUUAUCCAGAGGCUGAACCAGAAGGCCGAGGGCCUCCGGCUGAGCCUCGAGAACACCUUGUUCCUGGACCAGAAGCUGCGGCCAGAGAAGAGGUUUAUGGAAGACGCUAAGAACCUGUACAAUGCAAAUAGCAUCCCCACCAACUUCCAGGACGUCAAAAAAGCUCAGAAGCAGAUCAAUGACUAUGUCAGUCAGGAAACCCAGGGGAAAAUCAAUAACCUGGUCAAGGAUAUAGAUCCUGGCACUGUGAUGCUUCUUGUCAACUGUCUUUACUUUCGAGCCAGGUGGCUACACGAGUUUGACCCAAAAUCAACUAAAGAGGAAGACUUCUUUUUGGAUGAAAACAGGCCCGUGAAGGUGCCCAUGAUGUUCCACGGGGGCAUGUAUGCAGUGGGCUAUGACGAGCAGCUCGGCUGCACCGUCCUGGAGAUGCCCUACUUUCACAACAUCUCGGCCACCUUCAUUCUUCCCGACAAGGGCAACAUGCGGCGGGUGGAGGAGGCCCUGACGCUGGACACUUUUGACAGAUGGAAGAAGUUAAUCAUGCGGAGCAAGACCACGUUACAUCUCUGUUCAGAACCCUCUGGCCAAUCUUCAUUUCACCCAGAAAAACACAAAACCAUCUUGCCUCCUUUGCCUCCAUGCAGUGCCCAAACCUGCCCUUUACUCCAGCGUUCCUGGCUCCUGGUUGUGGACGUGUCCUUGCCCAGGUUCUCCAUCACUGGCACCUACGACCUAAAGAAGACUCUCUCCUACUUGGGCAUCACCAAAAUCUUCCAGGAACAUGGCGAUCUCAUCAGGAUAGUCCCUAAUCGAAGCCUGAAAGUGGGUGAGGCGGUGCACAAGGCCAAGCUGAAGAUUGAUGAGAAGGGCGCGGAGGGGGCCGCGGGCUCCGGCAUGCAGACGCUGCCCAUGGAGAGGCCGCUAACCUUCAAGCUGAACAGAGCCUUCCUGCUGAUGAUUGCGGAGAACCUCACGCCUUCCAUGCUCUUCAUGGGGAAGAUCACUAACCCCACCGGCACGUAAGGAGGGGUGCAGUCUGUGCAGAGCCCGUGGCCCCGGGCUGACAACGCUUCCUCCCCCCGGGCUGCGACCACAGGGACACCGGCACCCGCUCCCACCUCCUCAUGAGCUCCCAGCACACCCACGCAGGCGGCACUGCUGGCGCCCAGGCUUCCGUCCUGCCCUCCCUGCCUUCACACCUGGGAUUUGACCCCCCUGCCUCCCCCUCCCCUUUCUCCCUCCAGGCUGGCAGUAAUCCCUACCCCCCUCUUUCCCCCUCCCACCCCCCGGCGGCAGAGGAGUGCUGUGAUUUAAUAAAUACCUAAAGUACUGGUUGUCUUUCAAAUAGAAA